UAUACUUUAAGCUCGUAGUUAUUAUUGUUUAUUUGGGAUUUCGGAGCAAGAGUCGUGCAUCUGUGUGUCACCUCAUGGUCCCAGGUGCCUGCCCGCUGUAGCUUAACACCAUUUACAGCUGAAUAAGUUUACAAGAUUUAGUUUGUAAAGGUACAACAUUUUGAUACAUACUCAUGGAAGACAAUGAUGUAUCAGAUACUAUGGAUGUUGUGGUGACUAAAACUAAUCAAUCACCAGCAGUGGUUAAGAUUGACGUACCAUACAGUUCUCAAAGAGAAGCUGAAGUGGUACGCAAUAGCCUGCAAGUGGACAAAGAACCAAAGAGGAGUGAAUCUUCAAAAGUUUUCUCCAUCAAAGAAAAUGUCUUAUCUGUAGAGAUCAGAUCACCAGAUGUUCGACAGCUAAGAACAGCAGUGUCUUCCUUUAUGGACCUUUUACACCUUGCAACGAAAACUGUGAAUCAGUUUGGUCCACCAGUGCAGCAGAGUAAAAAAAAGUAACAGACUGCACCUAUUAAGAUGUAAUAUGUGUACCACAGUUACAACAGUUCAUUUUAAAGAUAGUGCUGUUAGCAGAUAGAUAUUGUUGCCAGUCUUAAAUAUUGCCAGUCUUCAAGGCUCAUCACAACAUGAUUUUUGCACAUUGCUGAUGUUUUAGAAUAAAAAAUUUCUAUA